AUGGUAUCUAGUGAUCUGGGAUACUUUGGAUCACCAAUAUACAGCACACCAUUAUCAAGAGCUGUUAUUGACUAUAUAGCAAAUUUUUACUACAGUAUUUCCACAACUGUCAACAUGUUUUACAUCUCAUCCCUAGAAAAUCUAAAUAAGACCUUAGAUGUGAUGAAUGAGAUCCUUUAUCAUGUCAAGAUGGAUGCUGUUGUACAUAUUGACAACUUACCAGAUUUUAAAUUAUCAGAAUGGAAGAGAAUCAGCAACAUUAUUUUUGUCGAUUCCUUAGAAUCUUUCCAAUUAAUCUAUGAGCAUAUAGAUCCUGUCCAUUUUGAGUAUCAAGGAUGUUACUUGAUAGUUGUGACAGUGCAAGUCAGUGAGAUCUUCUUCAUAACUUUGAAAAUGUUUGAAGCUUUAUGGACGAAGAAAAUAACGAAUUCAAACAUCCUCUUCAUGUCAUCAGGAAGUGACAAUGAAGCUAAUAUGUAUACUUACUAUCCAUAUUCAAACAACUAUUGUGAAAGUGUUAUUCCUAUCCAGUUAAAUAAAUUCAUUGGACAUCACUGGAUGAAUAAUAUUGACUAUUUCCCUAAAAAGUUGACAAACUUUUAUGGAUGUCCUUUGCGUAUUGCUACAUAUUCUAAUCCACCCUUCAUGAUUAUCAACAACGUUAAAAAUAGUUCAGUCUUAGUCAAUGGCUUUGAAGGCUAUCUCCUUCGUGUCUUGGCUCAACGUUUUAAUUUCAAAAUGGAUUUGUUAUAUCCUAAAGAACCAGGUUCUAUAUUCAAGAAUGGAUCAACAACAGGCGCUAUUAAAAUGGUUUUAGAUUCAAAAGUCAAUUUUACGAUAGGAUUUUUUGCAUCAACACCAGUUCGUGAUGCAAUCAUGCAACCAAGCUAUGUCUACUACACUACAAAUCUCAUCUGGAUUAUCCCGCCAGGAAAGCCACAAAGUGCUUUGAAGAAAUUGACAAAUCCAUUAAAAUACUAUGUGUGGGUAAUGACAUUACUGUCAAUUGUUAUUGGAUUCAUUGUGAUUGCUUUGGUUAAGAUGCAGCCUAGAAGCAUUCAAAGAUUCAUAUUUGGAAAGAAGACACAAAGUCCAGGCUUGAAUUUAUUAAACAUUAUUUUAGGAAACUCUGUUCGUCAAGUUCCAAUGAGAAACUUUUCAAGAUCCUUAUUUCUUCUCGCCUCGAUUUAUUUCUUCUUAAUCAGAACUAGCUAUAACAGUGGACUUGUUAAGUUCAUCCAAAUGGAUACAAGGGAAAAGCACAUGAUGACAACUCCUCAAAUGAUAAAAGAAAACUUUAAAUUUUAUGUAAAAAAUACUUCACAGCAUUACAUUCAGCAUAUGCCAGAAAUUUUAAAUCGAUCCAUAUUGUUGCCACUUCCAGAAUUCAAUUUGAAAUUGCGUGAUGUAAUUAAAGAUCCUUACUUUCAUGGAGCAUUUCUCACGACAACUGCACAUUUAACUUAUCGUAAUUUGAAAGUAUAUCCAGAGCAGUUCCAUGAAUUUGCACCAGAGCCUGUUUAUAGGGUUAAUAUUGUUAUUUAUAUGAGAUUUGGAUCAUGCUUGAGACUCUAUAUUGAUGAAAUGUUAUUAAAGCUCCUCAGUAAUGGAUUGAUUGAUAAAUAUGCAUCCAUAUUUAUAGACAACAGAUAUCUGAAAAGAUCUAAUGAUGAUAAUUUGGAAAUUUUAAGCUUUGCUCAACUGAGCGGUGCAUUUCAACUUUUAAUUUGUGGAUUAUUGGCAGGACUUUUUACAUUUUGUGUUAAAAGUGAUUUAAAAGAUUUUGGUUUUCCAAGAUACAGCACAGCAAUGUCAAGAGCUGUUAUUGACUACAUACUGAACUUUUACUCUAAAAGUUCGUCUUCUGUCAACAUGUAUCACAUCUCAGAGCAAGCAAAUUUUAAUAAUAAUUCAGCAAUGAUAAAUGAAGUUUUAAAUCAUAUCAAUGCAAAUAUUGUCGUCCAAGUUGACAAUUUAGAAGCAUUCAAUAAAAUCUAUGAGAAACUGGAUUAUAGACAUUUUGACUUUGAAGGAUAUUACUUGAUAUCAUUAACAGGACAUGACAAUGACAUUUACUUUACAAUGUUGAAAGUAUUUGAAGCUUUAUGGAUUAAGAAAAUAAUAAAUGCAAACAUCUUGUUUAUGCCACCUGAAAAUGUUAAUGAAGCACUUCUGUUCACUUACUAUCCAUACUCAAAUUAUUACUGUGAAAAUGCCGUUCCUAUUCAACUUAAUCAAUACCGUGGAGAUCAAUGGAUGAAUGACAUUGAUUAUUUUCCUGCAAAGUUAACCAACUUUUAUGGAUGUCAUUUGCAUGUGGCAACGCAUAAUAAUCCACCGUUCAUGAUAAUUAUCACGGAUGAAAAUGGUGUCGUUUCUGUUGAUGGUGUUGAAAGUGCUAUAAAGCUGGUUGUAGAUUAUAAAGUAAAUUUUACACUCGGAUUUUUUGCAUCAUUGGCAAUCCGUGAUGCUAUCAUGCAACCUAGUUAUGUCUAUUAUACUACAAAUAUUCUAUGGAUAGUCCCGCCUGGAAAGCCACAAAGUGCCUUAGAAAAACUAGCAAAUCCAUUGAAAUACUUUGUGUGGGUAUUAACCUUACUGACAAUUGUUAUUGGAUUUAUAGUCAUUGCUGUGGUUAAAAUGCAGCCUUUAGUUGUGCAGAAGUUUGUGUUUGGCAAUAAGACACAAAGUCCAGGAAUGAAUUUUAUAAUUGUAGUAUUGGGGAACUCACUUCAUCAAAUUCCAAUGAGGAAUUUCUCAAGAUUCUUAUUGCUCCUCGCCACAAUUUACUUCUUCAUCAUCAGAACCUGCUAUAGUAGUGGACUUGUUAAGUUUAUGCAAAUGGAUACGAGAGACCAGCACAUGAUGACAACAGCACAAAUGGUUGAAGAAAAUUACACAUUUUAUAUGAAAAGAACAACAUAUCCAUACAUAUCCAACAUGCCAGAAGUUGUUGAAAGAUCAGUUUUGCUACCAGUUCCAGAUUUCAACUCCAAAUUACGUGAUGUCACAAAAGAUCCUUACUAUCACGGAGCAUUUUUAACUACAACUGGUCAUUUAGCUUACAGGAACAUGAAAGUAUAUCCAAACCAUUUUCAUGAAUUCGCACCAGAAGUUAUAUAUACUCUAAAUAUUGUGCUUUACAUGGGUUUUGGAUCGUGCUUAACACAAUAUUUUAAUGAAAUGUUAUUAAAGUUUCUAAGUAGUGGAUUAAUCAAUAAAUGGACAUCUGAAUUUAUAGACAGGAAAUAUCUCAAGAGGCCUGUAGAUGAUGAAUUAAAAAGCUUAAGUUUGGAUCAGUUGGAAGGAGCAUUUCAGUUACUAGUUUGUGGACUCAUCAUUGGAUUUAUUACAUUUUGUUUUGAAGUUUUGAUAGGAAAGGAUAUGCUGGGGAGAAUUAGAAGACACGAAUUACAAAAGUUAUUAAAAAAUGGAGAAGAUUCACAAAAGAUAAAGACAUAAUAGUUGUAGACUUUGUAGGAUGUAGGAGAAACUAUAAAGAGAUUGGUAAGACAAAGAAGACAAAGUUCACUGAAAAUGCUAAGCUUGUCAUGCUCUAAUAAGUCGUGAAAGCCC